AUGCUGUCCCAGUCCAACCCCAACGUACAGACGGUCGACGCAGUGGACAUCGACGUGGACAUGCACGACGUCUGGGAAUCGAACGACGCUGAUUCACUGGCGAAUGCGUUGGCCGACACAGCUGCCAAGCUCGAGCAUUGCCAGAAAGAAAACGAGUCCCUCCGCCAGGAGCUCACCCGCGUUCAAGGACAAUCUUCCACCAGCGCCCCCAUCACCCGCGUCCGCAUCCUCGCCGGGUAUCUCUCCGACGCAUGCCGUUGCAGUUUUGCCGGAUGUCCGUACGCCCGCCCCCAUGGCCCUUAUGUGUACGUAUGCUAUCUCUAG